CGUUGUGUUUUGUGCUACAGGUACAAAUCUAUACACGUCAAAAGUCAAAAUUAUGAGAUGAAAAUUGAAAAUCAAACACAAUAACAGUCUCAGUAUUCGCUACUUUUUCUGAAAUUGAUUUUUCAUUUCCAGAAGCAGAAGAAAAAAUGUCAAGCAUAACAAGCACCUUAAUUCCUGUUCUGAGCAAUGGGAAUUAUAGUUACCGUCAUAAUCCUCUCAAAACCCUCUUUUUUAUUUCAACUCCAACACUCCAUUUUUCUCUGCCCAAGCUUAGACUCCGAGUUUCUUCAAUUGCUGUCAUCGAAACGACGCCGGAAUCUGUUACAACCGACAAGAACAGUGAUACUAACAAAAGCAUUUUAGGUUGCCCAAUUUGUUAUGAACCUUUAACAUGGAGUGGUGAUUCAACUUUAUCAAUAGAGACUGUCAGUGGCACUACCCUACAAAGCCAAACCUCUAAGAAGACGUACUAUGAGAACAAAUUCAUUUUUGACCUUACUACUUCAAGCGGGGCCAAGGAUUAUGUUGAAUCCAUGCCGCUAGUAACAGAGUUUUUCAGUACUCCGUUCAUGUCGUAUCUGUAUGAGCGAGGCUGGCGUCAAAACUUUGGGCUUGGUGGUUACCCAGGUGCUGAUAAAGAGUUUGAAAUGGCGAAAGAAUACUUCAAACCUGUUUUAGGUGGAAACAUUGUAGAUGCUAGCUGUGGGAGUGGACUGUUCUCAAGGCUAUUUGCCAAGAGUGGACUGUUUUCUCGUGUUGUUGCUCUUGACUAUUCAGAAGCAAUGUUGCAGCAGUGUUAUGAAUUUGUUAAAGAGGACCCAGGUUUCCCCAAAGAGAAAUUGAUUUUGGUAAGAGCUGAUAUCUCUAGACUACCAUUUGUUUCUGGCUCCAUUGAUGCCGUGCAUGCUGGUGCUGCUUUACAUUGCUGGCCUUCACCAUCCAAUGCUGGUGCUGAAAUAAGUCGCAUAUUAAGACCUGGGGGUGUAUUUGUUGCCACAACUACCAUAGGAGAUGGCCCUUUCACACUUGUGCCAUUUAGAAGUAAUUUUCGUGAGUACCUGCAGCAAAUUUCAGGAUCACGGAUUUUUCUAUCUGAACGUGAGCUUGAAGAUCUCUGCACAACCUGUGGUCUAGUGGAUUUUAGAUGCACAAGGAAUGGGCUCUUCGUCAUGAUCUCUGCUACAAAACCGAAUUAAGCUUUUGGAUCUCCUUUGAUUGUCUGUCUGUCCGAGGUGUCAUGCUCAAAAUUCAUUAAAAGUCCCGCGUUAGUAUCUUUAAUGGUAUCCAUGUAUUGUAUAUGAUACAUAAAUUAUCUGACUGCUAUCCGUGAAAUUUUUUGGGUGCUGUCAUUUAGGAUUUUCAUUUUCUUGUACAUGGUUGUAUCAUUCCUUCUGCUUGUAUACUUAAUACCAUCAGCAUAAAUUCACAAUUCUCGGUACUUGAUUCUGUUGA